ACUUGAGCAAAUAGUAAACUUGUCCAAAACAUAACAAGGAACUAGAAAGAUUCUGUCCAUUAUUUUAAACGACUUAACCAAAAAUAAUAAAAUGAUUUCCGGUCUUAAGAGAAGUGUUAUUACAGUUUCUAAUAUAUCAUCUAAAGGAAAGUCAUCAAAAAAAAACAAAACCUAUAAACAUGAAAAUGUUGAUAUCGAUAAUAUUAAGACUGAAAUACAGAAAAAGCGGGAAGAAACUGCGGAGUCAAUUUUGAACUUUAGUUUUAAUAAGAAGCGUUUAAGAAUAGUUUCACAAGAGCAGAUGGUUGCAGAUGAUUGUGAAGGUAUUGUGUAUUGGAUGUCUCGCGACAGCAGAGUGCAAGAUAAUUGGGCAUUUUUGUUCGCACAAAAAUUGGCGCUUAAAAAUAAAGUACCUCUCCACGUAUGUUUCUGCUUAAUAGCAGAAUACUUAGAAGCUUCAGUCAGGCAGUUUGAUUUCCUAUUAAAAGGACUUGAACAAGUAGCUGAAGAAUGCAAUAAACUAAAUAUAUCAUUUCACUUGCUAGACGGUAGUGGUGGUGAAGUCUUACCACAGUGGGUCUUUGAUCACAAAAUUGGUGCUGUAGUUUGCGACUUCAACCCACUUAGAAUACCUCUAGGUUGGCUUGAAGAUGUUAAAAAAAAAUUAAAAAAAGAUGUACCCUUAAUACAGGUGGAUGCACAUAAUGUCGUGCCGUGCUGGGUUGCUUCAGACAAGCGAGAAUAUUCAGCACGGACUAUAAGGAACAAAAUCACUUCUAAGCUGGAGGAGUUUCUCACAGAAUUUCCGCCUGUUAUUAAACAUCCAUAUUCAAGCAAAUUCGAGCCUGAGCCAAUAAACUGGGAAGAAGCGUUAAAAACAAGGAAGGCAGAUGAGAGUGUAUUGCCAGUUAAUUGGGCUAAACCUGGCUAUGAUUAUGCACUACAGGUUUUGAAGAGUUUCAUUGAUGAACGUCUAAAAAUAUAUGCUACCAAAAGGAAUGACCCCACACAAAAUGCUCUUAGUAAUUUGUCACCGUGGUUUCAUUUUGGUCAAAUAUCAGUACAAAGAGUAGCCCUCUGUGUACAGGAAUAUAAAUCAAAACAUACCGAGAGUGUAAAUGCCUUCCUUGAGGAAGCAAUAGUCCGACGUGAACUGGCUGACAACUACUGUUUCUACUGCGAUCACUAUGACAGUAUCGAGGGAGCCAGUGCGUGGGCGCAGAAGACGCUUAAUGAUCACAAAAAGGAUACAAGGCCAUACGUUUACAAUUUAGAACAACUAUGCCAAGCCAUCACUCAUGACAAUUUGUGGAACGCGGCCCAGAUACAAAUGGUCGAUGAAGGGAAGAUGCAUGGAUUUUUACGCAUGUACUGGUGUAAGAAAAUUUUGGAAUGGACCGAGUCACCUGAAAAGGCUCUGGAAUAUGCUAUUUACUUAAAUGACCACUACAGUAUUGACGGCAGGGAUCCCAAUGGUUACGUAGGGUGCAUGUGGUCGAUAUGCGGCAUCCACGACCAGGGCUGGGCGGAGCGCGCCGUGUUCGGCAAGAUUCGUUACAUGAACUUCGAAGGGUGCAAACGCAAGUUCGACGUGGCCACCUUUAUGCAGCGAUACGCCAGGAAGUCGAGUCUAGCGAGGAACGUAAGAUUUCGUUCAUAUCAGGAGGAAGAGCAAACAAGCAGUUAAAAAGUAGUUUUAAUAUAAGAUUCUUCAAGUAAUAAUAAAACAACAGUGUACUAAGUUUUAAGUGUUUGUCAAACAUUUCGUGUUAAUGACGCUUUUGUUGAGUACAAUCUAAACUAUUUUUUCAGUAUUGCUCUCUUUCUAAUGUAUCAUUAGAAAAAGAUAGUCUGUUUUAAAGGCUUGUCAAAUAGUAACAGAUUGUAUACAACAGAUCCCACACCGUUGUGGGUAAUAUUUUAUCUAAGAAUACUGAAGUAGUUUAAUUCAGUAAAUCUAUUAUAAACAAUGUUAUUUCGAGAUUUGUUAUUUCGAUUCUUUGUCGUUACUUUGUUUUUAGUAGAUUAUUUGAUUCUGUUUUAAAGAUCUGUCAAAACUACCUCUUUAUAAUUAAGUUUCAAUAUAUUUAUUAAUUCUGAAGUGUAAGUAAAAUGUGUGUAGAGUAAAACCAUAACAUUAUAAUUGUUUUAAAAGUACGAGUGAAAUUCAGUACAAUCACGAAUGUACGGAAAUAUUAAUAAUAUAUUAUUUAUAUUAACAGUACUUAUAUAGGCACUCGUAUCCAUUAAAUGUGUAUGAGUGUGCCAUUUAUACAAAUCAUUUUUAGAAUAUUUUUAAUAUGUAUUUGGUUUGUAAGGUUUUUUUAAAUUUACUAGCAUAUUAAGGCU